AUGUGCCCUGGUUUAACUUCAGCAGGGGCCGAAUUGCCACCUGCUCCUGGCUAUGAGAAAGGUAAAAUUGUUGUCAUUAAUGCUGAAAACAAAGAAAAUGCGUUGGCUAUUGGUGAACUGAUGAUGAGUACAGAAGAAAUCAAAUCCAUAAACAAAGGUCAUUCCAUAGAAUUGAUUCACCAUUUGGGUGAUCCGUUAUGGAAUUUCAGCAUUGAAUGA